AUGUUCCAAUGCAUUGCAAGAUACCAUCACCAUCAUAGCAGACAUUCUCAUCGUCAUCACGGGUCGCAAAUUUCCAUGCCGCCGUCAUAUCCUCCGAGCCCACCUCCCGAAAACUGCUGUAAUAACGGCACUUUUGACGUUAGGAUGUUCGGUGCAGUUGGAGAUGGCAUCACAGACGAUACGGAGGCAUUCAAAACGACUUGGGACAUCGCGUGUGGGACCUACUCGGGUGUACUGCUCGUGCCUUACGGCUAUACAUUCAUGAUCCAGCCGACUAUAUUCACCGGCCCAUGUCAAAACGGGUUCGUUUUUCAGUUGGACGGGACUGUAACGCCGCCCGAUGGGCCCGACUUGUGGCCGGCGAACAACAGCAGGCGACAAUGGCUGGUUUUUUACAGAGUUGAUGAGAUGUCAUUGCAAGGAGGUGGUUUGAUUGAUGGAAGGGGUGCACAGUGGUGGGCUUUACCUUGCAAACCUCACAAGGGAGCUAAUGGGACUAUAAUACGGGAACCAUGUGACAGUCCAAUUGCCAUAAGAUUCUUUAUGAGCAACAAUUUGACAGUACAAGGAAUCAAAAUCAUGAACAGCCCCCAGUUCCAUUUCAGAUUCGACAACUGCAAGAAUGUUCAUAUAGAGUCUAUUAGCAUAUCAGCUCCAGCAUUGAGUCCCAAUACAGAUGGGAUUCAUAUAGAAAACACAAACAAUGUGGGGAUAUACAACUCAGUAAUAUCCAAUGGUGAUGACUGUGUCUCGAUAGGAUCCGGCUGCUAUGAUGUAGACAUCAGGAAUGUAACAUGCGGGCCGAGCCAUGGGAUCAGCAUAGGUAGUCUAGGCAAUCACAACUCCCGUGCGUGCGCAUCUAACAUCACCGUACGCGACUCGGUCAUCAAGAACUCGGACAACGGCGUUCGAAUCAAGACCUGGCAAGGCGGCUGGGGAGCCGUGUCGGGAGUCACAUUCGACAACGUCCACAUGGAAAACGUGAGGAACCCAAUCAUCAUCGACCAGUUCUAUUGCCUCGCCAAGGACUGUGCCAACCACACCUCGGCAGUCCGAGUAUCCGACGUGCAGUAUUCAGGCAUCAAGGGCACUUACGACAUUCGAAGCCCCGCCAUGCACUUUGCUUGCAGUGAUUCAAUACCUUGUACCAAUAUUACCCUUUCGGACAUUGAGCUGCUUCCGGACAAAGGUGAUGUCAUGCUGGAUCCUUUCUGUUGGAGUGUUUAUGGAGAGCUGCAGACACUCACAAUCCCGCCUGUUUCGUGCUUCUUGGAAGGGGUCCCAGGGUCGCUUUUGGAAAGUCAAAUCGGUUAUUGCUGA